GCCGAAUAGACCGUAGUUGAAGCUCCUUUUCGUACUUAGUCCGAUAGUAGGGAGGCGUUGAAAUCUUAGAAAUCUUUCUAGCGGCCGAAGCGAAGCAUCGAGUAGAUUGAAGAGUGAUGGUGACGGCGGAGCAGGCCUUCCAGGCGAACGCAGCGGCGGUGGUGCGUGACUACUACGUGGAGCCGCGAAUCGAUUACCGCACCAUCUCGGGUGUGAACGGCCCGCUGGUCAUUCUGGAGAAUGUCAAGCUGCCCAAGUUCGCCGAGAUCGUUAACCUGACGCUGGCCAGCGGCGAAAAGCGCCAGGGUAAAGUACUGGAAGUGCAGGGCAGCAAGGCCGUUGUGCAGGUGUUCGAAGGCACGGAUGGCAUCGAUAACCGCCACACACACUGUGAGUUCACGGGCGAUGUCCUGAAGAUGGCCAUCUCGGAGGAAAUGUUGGGUCGCGCCUUCAACGGCUCCGGUAAGGCCAUCGACGGCGCCCCUGCCGUCGUGGCUGAAGAAUACUUGGACAUCGAGGGCCAGCCCAUCAACCCGUCGUGCCGUGACUAUCCCAAGGAGAUGAUUCAAACGGGUAUCUCCGCUAUUGACGUGAUGAACUCCAUCGCUCGUGGACAGAAGAUCCCGCUCUUCUCCGCCGCUGGUCUGCCCCACAACGAGAUUGCCGCGCAAAUUGUACGCCAGGCGGGUCUGGUGCAACGCAAGGACGUGGUGGACUCCCACGAUGACAACUUCGCCAUUGUGUUCGGUGCUAUGGGUGUCAACAUGGAGACAGCUCGUUUCUUCCGUAACGAUUUCGAGGAGAGUGGAUCUAUGCAGAAGACGGCGCUGUUCAUGAAUCUGGCCAAUGAUCCUACCAUUGAGCGUAUUGUGACGCCGCGCCUGGCGUUGACCACGGCCGAGUAUCUCGCCUACGAGCGCGACAUGCACGUGCUGGUCAUCCUGACGGAUAUGAGUUCGUACGCUGAUGCCCUUCGCGAGGUGUCUGCUGCCCGUGAAGAAGUGCCCGGACGUCGUGGUUACCCUGGUUACAUGUACACGGAUCUGUCGACACUGUACGAGCGUGCUGGUCGUGUGACGGGCCGCAAUGGUUCCAUCACGCAGCUACCCAUUUUGACCAUGCCCAACGAUGAUAUCACUCACCCCAUUCCGGAUUUGACGGGCUACAUUACGGAAGGACAGAUUUACGUGGAUCGUCAGCUGCACAACCGUCAGAUCUUCCCGCCUAUUAACGUGUUGCCAUCGUUGUCGCGUUUGAUGAAGAGUGCUAUUGGCGAGGGUAUGACGCGCGAUGAUCACAGCGCAGUGUCGAAUCAGCUGUAUGCUAGUUACGCUACCGGCAAGGAUGUCCAGGCCAUGAAGGCUGUGGUCGGUGAGGAGGCUCUUUCGCUGGAAGACCAUCUGUACCUCAAGUUUACGGACAAGUUCGAGGGGAAGUUCAUCGCGCAGGGUCCGUACCAGUCGCGUGACAUCUUCGAGUCAUUGGACCUCGCUUGGUCGCUCUUCCGCGCAUUCCCGAAGGAGUUGUUGAAGAAGAUUCCGAAGAAGCAUCUGGACACGUACUAUGCGCGUCGGACGCAAGCGCGUGAGGAGAAGGAAGAGUGAGCGAGCUUGCCAUGCUGAGCCCUUCUGGGUGCUAUUGAUGCUGCGUUCGUGGCAAUGGAUAAGGAUUACAGUAUCUGCGAGGGUUCUAGCAUCGCAUUUCUUCUUUCAAGCUCUGCACUUGUUCCAAAUGUGUUGAAGAAUCUACAAGUAAAAUGAGAGCUGUUUGAAGAGUUUAUUAAGUUACUUGCUUUGUGGUAUUGGCAGCAGAUGGCUUGCGCCUUCGUCGUCUAACUGCUGGUGGCGGUUGCGCUGGUUGCCAUUCAGGGUCUGUAUGUUGAAGCACAAGACGACAUUGCCGUACA